GAACUUAUCACAGACACCCGUCCAAAGGUUUGGCUCUUUCUCAACCAGGGUUUGUUUGCUUUCUGCAUGAGCUGAACAUCCUGGCAGAGCUUCUCUUUAGAGCUGCAGGAUCACUGUUACUGACUUCAGAGGAAAUUUCAUUUUCUGAAUGGCUCAAGGAUGGGUCCUGGCUCUGCUCCUGACGCUCCUCAUUUAUCAGGAAACCAGAGGCGAGCAUCAGGCGUCGUGUCCAGGCCGAUGUCAGUGCUUCACUCCGGCUCAAGUGCUGUGUGCUGAUUCCAGGAUGACAACUCUACCCAGAAAUGUUUCUGCACAGGCCAAGGAGGUCAUUGUGAUGACGUCAGCGGUCAGCUACCUGUUCACCAACACUUUCCAGGACAGUCCCCACCUCACCAAGCUUGUUUUUCUGAAUAAUGAGCUGCUUAGUGUCCACUGCAGAGCUUUUGAGACUUUAACAGAGCUCCAGGAGCUGGAGAUCAGUGGGAACCCCUUGCUGGAGUAUUUACUUCCAGGAACUUUUUCAAAGCAGGAGAAGUUGCUGCAUCUUCAGUUGAACUUCAACAGGUUUACCACAGUUCCUCCUGGUAUGUUUGAUUCUUUGAAGCAGCUGGAAACUUUGCAGAUGAAGAGUAACAUCAUAUCAUCUCUGUCUCCAUUUCUAUUCCUGAACCUGAAAAAUCUGCAGGUUCUUGACGUGUCUCAUAAUAAUCUAUCCAAAGUGACUAAAGACACGUUUGCUGGUCUGCUGAACCUGCAGAUUCUGAAACUUAACAGCAACUUUUUGAGCAGUCUGACUGCUGACGUGUUCCACAACUUUUCCCAGCUCACCGAGCUGCACUUGGAGGGGAACAAGAUCACAGAACUGAAAGACGGGACCUUCCAAGUGCUAACAAGACUGAAUGUGCUGAACCUGCGGAGGAAUCUCCUGUCAGCCUUCUCUGAUGGAGUUUUCGGAGCUGAGCUGUCCAGUUUGACAGAGCUGAAUCUGCAGGACAACAUGCUGACAGAAGUAUCUCCUCUGAGCCGCCUCUCCUCAAUCUCAGACCUCACCUUGUCCCAUAACCAGCUGACCAGCCUUCCGGACAACCUCCUUAGAAACAACACUGCACUAGAGACCCUGGACCUCUCUGGAAACCAGAUAACAGCGGUGCCAGCAACCAUCUUCAAUGAUCUGUUCAGCAUCAGAACCCUCAGCUUUAAUAAGAACAACCUAAGCAGGCUGGAGGCCUCUCUGUUCAGAGACCAGCAGUUCAUCCAGAGACUUGACCUGUCGGAAAACCAGCUGGAGACUCUUCCUGUGGGUUUCUUUGAUCACUUUUUCCCCCAGCACACAGUGAGGCUGCAUGGAAACCCCUGGAAGUGUGACUGCCACAUGUGGUACCUGCAAGAGCAGCUGCUGAACAGCAGUCGGACGGUGGAGAUGCUGAACAGGAUCCAGUGUGAAACCCCACCGUUCCUGCGGAAGCGGCCUGUUGUCUCUGUGGACAGGCAGGACCUGAUGUGUCACCUGUCUGCAGGUGAGACAGACAUCAGCAGGUGCAGCCUGCAGGAAUCUAACGAAGCAAUGACCAUUAGAUGUAAAGUGGACAGGUGCUCUUCAAAGACGGUGAAGGUGCAGUUCCAGGAUGAGACGGGCAGCUUGACGGAGUUUAUUUUGAAAAACCAGCCUGCAGUUUCACAAUGCAGCAAUGAGACAACAGCCACAGGGUGAUGAUUGGCAUGUUGGACCAGUUUGUCUUCUUCAGAGUCUGUUCUCUAGCAGGACACUGAGGGUCCUUCAGAGAACAGAACGUGAAAGCUCUUCUGGAUUCAAAGUUCACCGCGUUCCUGUGAGUUAGUCAGAUCGGUGACUCACAGGGGAGAUUCUACAACUGACGGUUGUAUGUUUUGAGCAGAUAUUUCCUUGUUUUCCAUGAAAAAUGUCAAUAAAAGAUCC